GGCGGGGGGCGGAAGAUGGUGGAGGACGGCGCGGAGGAGCUGGAAGAUUUGGUGCACUUCUCGGUCUCCGAGCUGCCCAGUCGCGGCUACGGCGUCAUGGAGGAGAUCCGGCGGCAGGGCAAGCUGUGCGACGUGACGCUCAAGAUUGGGGACCACAAAUUCAGCGCCCACCGGAUUGUCUUAGCAGCCUCCAUCCCCUACUUCCACGCCAUGUUUACUAACGACAUGAUGGAGUGCAAGCAGGACGAGAUCGUGAUGCAAGGAAUGGACCCAAGCGCCCUGGAAGCUCUGAUCAACUUUGCUUACAAUGGCAACCUCGCCAUCGACCAGCAGAACGUCCAGGCGCUGCUGAUGGGGGCGAGCUUCCUGCAGCUACAGAGCAUCAAAGACGCCUGCUGCACGUUCCUCCGGGAACGGCUCCACCCAAAAAAUUGCCUGGGUGUGCGCCAGUUUGCGGAGACGAUGAUGUGUGCCGUGCUUUAUGACGCGGCCAACAGCUUCAUUCACCAGCACUUUGUGGCAGUGUCUAUGUCAGAAGAGUUCCUGGCCCUGCCCUUGGAAGACGUGCUUGAGCUGGUGUCUCGAGACGAGCUGAACGUGAAGUCAGAAGAACAGGUCUUUGAAGCUGCACUAGCCUGGAUCAGAUAUGACCGGGAGCAGAGGAGUCCUUACCUGCCCGAGCUGCUAGCCAAUAUCCGCCUGCCUCUGUGCAGGCCUCAGUUCCUGUCAGACCGGGUGCAGCAGGAUGAUCUGGUGCGCUGCUGUCACAAAUGCAGGGACCUGGUAGAUGAAGCAAAGGACUAUCACCUCAUGCCAGAGCGCCGGCCCCAUCUGCCAGCCUUCAGAACUCGUCCUCGCUGCUGCACCUCCAUCGCCGGGCUCAUCUAUGCUGUGGGAGGCCUCAACUCAGCAGCAAAUUUUUAUGCAGGUGAUUCCCUGAAUGUGGUGGAAGUAUUCGAUCCUAUCGCCAACCGCUGGGACAAGUGCCAUCCGAUGACGACAGCCCGCAGCCGCGUGGGCGUGGCCGUGGUGAAUGGCCUACUCUAUGCCAUCGGAGGCUACGACGGCCAGCUGAGGCUGAGCACCGUGGAGGCCUACAACCCAGAGACAGACACGUGGACGCGAGUGGGGAGCAUGAACAGCAAGAGAAGUGCCAUGGGGACAGUCGUGCUGGACGGGCAGAUCUACGUCUGUGGGGGCUACGAUGGCAACUCUUCCCUGAACUCUGUGGAGACCUACUCACCUGAGACGGACAAAUGGACAGUGGUGACUCCGAUGAGCUCAAACCGCAGCGCUGCUGGGGUUACGAUCUUUGAGGGCAGGAUAUACGUGUCCGGAGGCCAUGACGGUUUACAGAUCUUCAACACUGUGGAGCGCUACAACCCCCACACGGCCACCUGGCACCCGGCGGCGGGCAUGCUCCACAAGCGCUGCCGGCACGGCGCCGCCUCCCUGGGCAGCAAGAUGUUCGUCUGCGGGGGCUACGACGGCGCCGGCUUCCUGAGCGUGGCCGAGGUGUACAGCUCGGCGGCCGACCAGUGGAGCCCGAUCGUGCCCAUGCUCACGCGCCGGAGCCGGGUCUCCCUGGUGGCCAGCUGCGGGCGCCUCUACGCCGUGGGCGGCUACGACGGACAGUCCAACCUGAGCUCGGUGGAGACGUACGACCCGGAGACGGAGCGCUGGACGUUCGCCGCCCCGAUGGCGUGCCACGAGGGCGGGGUCGGCGUGGGCUGCGUCCCGCUGCUCACCAUCUGAGCACUGCGCAGGCGCGCCCUCCGGUGGGGAGGCGGGCAGGGGCGGGCCGGGAGCCGAGUGGGGCCGGAAGUCGGGGCGGGCCGGAAGUGGGCUCCGACCGGAAGCGGCGGUGGGCCCACGCGCCCGCUGGAGGCGCGGCGGGCGGGCGUUUGCUUCUCCAGGUGUUUCAGCCGGAUCCUGGCCGCGGCCUCCGGGUCCUGGGGACGGGGACGGCGCCGCCGCGCGGG